AUCUCUUUUAUUUUCUAUCAUGCACUUUCCGUCAGGCUUCAAAGAAGGCAAUUGAAAGUCAAAUAUUUACAUCCUGGAUAGUUUUUAAUUCUUCUCCUUCAUAAAAAUAUAUUCAUAUAUAAUUACUAUACAUUUCAUAAUUUUACUUUUUACAGUUAAAUAUUAUAAAAAAAAACAGCCAUCAAUCUCUAUUGUUACUCUUCUAAAACUGAGAUGUCUCUUGUGUUUAAUAUGGCAUUGCACCCAGAGUCUGGGGAGUUUUAAAAAGCACCAAAAACAUAUUUGUUUUUUUGGGGAACUGGAGCAGCCAAGGUGACGUAAAAUCUGUUACUGCCAGAAAGGAUUCUACUCCACUGGGCCCUUGAGCAAGGCCCUUAACCUGAAAUUUCCUCCAGGGACACACUGUACAAUGGCUGACCCCCCUCUUUGAUCCCCCAAAGGCCAUGUGAAAUUACAAAUAUAAAAUUAACAAAGUAUAUCAAAUCAAAAAUACAUAUCUUGGUCAUUGAAGUUAAUGACUAGUGAAAACAGAUAUACAUAUAUAAAUGUUACAAGCAACUUUCAUGAAAUGUAUGUUACAGACUGAGAAUGGUUGUGCCAUAUGGUAGUAAAAAAAAAUCACACCGCUUCGCUGAUUGUGCUGAUCAUGUGGAUAAAGCAUAGUCAUUUUAUAGACUGACAGUGGAACUUUAAAAUGUUUCAGGCUAGUUCAUAUAAGCAGGACGAUUCGGAAGAGCUGUUGGAAACAUCAAAGCACAGCACUGUAAUGAGUGAAAUGGAAUCUUCAACCAAAAUGGAGAGUCCAAAGUCCUUAACACUUAACAGCAAGAAAAGAAAAACGGUUUCCAGUAAUGCUGGCUAUAGCAAGAGGCCCAAAUCUACAAUAUGUGCUGACCAAUAUACAAGAAAAGGCCAAGCUCAAGACUCGUAUGGUGAAGAGGGUGAUGAGGACAUGUCUGAGGAGCAUGAUGAAGAUGUUGAUGAUGAUGUAAUCUUUACCCAAGAAAAAAAGGCAAAGUCCACCUUAAGAAAAAUUAAAAAUGAGUUUUCCCAAGAUUCUGAAAAUUCCAAGAAUACAGAUACUAUUUAUGACCAAAGAUUGCAUGAAGAUAGCCCUCUGCACAACUCAGAAAUCAGAGUAUCAGAAUCAAUUUGCUCUACGACACAGACAAAUAUACUUCCUGUUGUAAAGAAAAAAGACAGUGAAAUUAAAGGAGAGAUGGAAGAAAAUAAUAAUUUAGUAGACAACAUGGAUGAGGAUGACUUCAACCUUAUUACCAGUGUUCCAUUACAGUCUGCAGAAAAUGUUGCUAUGUCCGAAAGAAUCACUGAGUUGGAGAAUGAAGCUAAUGGAUUACGAAGGAUGCUGGGUGGUCCUGUUAUUUUAAAUAUGAGCAAAGAGAGCUUGACAAAGGAAAACCUACCGUCUAGCAUGGAGGAGUUAGAGAUCUCCUACCACGAGGUUAGCCAAGAAAGAGAUCUUUUAAGCCAGAGCCUGAAGGAAGCUGCUACUACGUUAAAGUCCAUCUCAGCAGAAAGAGACAAGUACAAGCUCAAGGUCACUCAGCUUGAGCUGGAGAGAACACAACUGCAAGAAGAGUGUAACAAGAGCCAACAACAGUUAAUUCUGCUGCAGUCACAAUCCACUGUGAACAGCGAGCAAGUCUGCAUGUGUAGCAAAAAGAAUAAAAAUAUUCACUAUAGCACAUUUGAACCUCUGAAUACAGAGUUAGAGAGACUUCGAGUUGAAAAACAAAACUUAGAAAACCAGGUGAAACAGCUAGAUCACAGGCUGAAGAGAUCAAAAGAGACUCUGGACAAAGCUACCAGCACGCAAUCUGUUUCAACAGAAGGUAUGCCCCUGGGACAAGUACAUAGACUGAGGGAGAAUGUGGCUCUUCUGCUUUCUUCAGUGCUGCCUCACUUGGACCUUCAGGAUAUCAACUACGACACAGGGGACAUUGACCACAUUCUGGAGCAGGUUCUUGAAGCCAACAAAAUCUGAACUUUAAAGAACAAUAAGCCCUUUGACUUUAUAUACCAUCUUUGGCCUUAACUGCUUAUCUUCUAGAUAAUCAUUGACUGUUAUAUCUAGUUAUGAAGUGCCUACAGUGCAAGUUCAAAGUCUUUGAAAAUAGCAUUAUCAAUUGUAUUGUCUACCAUGCUUAAAAGUAGCACAAUGUCAUUACCAACAUAAUUAUACUUAGAAGACUGCCUGUGUAGUACUGGUUUAAACAGUAUGUCUUUAACAAACAAAUAUGAUGACAUUUCAACUUAUGAUUGUUCAUGGAAUAAUACAGUGAGGUCUGAGGACUUUCAAAAGAAAUAUUUAUCAAUGUUCUUUUGAAUGUACCAUCUGAUCCAAGAAUUCAAAUCAACAUAUUAUUAAAAAGUGUUUAUUGCGUAAAUGUCAUGAAACGUUGUAUCAUAACUGGUAAAAACAUUAUGAAAUCAUUGUAUUGUUUUACACUAAAAUAUGGUUUAAAUUUCCAAUUUUGUCACAGCAACUUAGAAAAAGUGUUCUUUGAAGAGGUACUUUUGCAUGUCUGUUUGUUUUUUCUCAUUCAGUUACUAAACCCCAAGUUCUACCAGGGGUUGAAAAUGUAGGAGCAAACUAUAGUUAAGCUGUUGAAUCUAUUUGCGUAGUGAAGAUCAACAUCACCAUUCACAAAUUACAGGUUAACUAGCCUGCUGAUUGGCCUUAGACUUCUGGGUAGGCUGGAGGAAGAGAUGAUUAUAUGAGCUAAAUCAAACAAGCUGGAACAGAAAAGAAGAAAUAAAAAAUAUUUUAAGAGAAACAUCAGGAUUACAUUUCAUACAGUAAUAAGAAUAUAUAAUGUUAUACAAUCAGUUCCUUCAUAAAAAGCACAGAAGUUAAACUCCUGUCCAUAGUUCUAACUGCUAGCUUCUGCUCUACUGAAAUGUCAGUGCAGAGAGUAAACAGCAGCUCACCUUCUACUUACUCUGUAUCUGAUGGGUUUUUUUGUUUUUGAAAACUGGGUUGUUCAAUUGACAUGUUUUUCCUGGUCCUUAAAAUAUCUUUCCCAAAUCAUAAAAAGGUUUAACUACAGGUAGCGUGAAGAGAUCUCAGAAAGUUUAUUCUCAAAGAUUAAGGUAGGCAAUUCAAUGUUCAUGUAGUUCAUUUAAAGCAUGUUUUGUCCAUUUCAUGUUUCUGAAUAUUGAGAACCACACUAGGAAAUGUUUAGUGUGCCUAGAAAUGAAUGCAACCAUCAUCUUUUGCCUAAUUUGCAUAUUGUUAGGGAAGUGUCCCUAGUACUCUGUACCUUUUAUCAGUUUGUCCCAAACAAGCUUAGUGCGUCAGUGCAGGCAUUGGCAAUACCAGCCUUUAGAAGGGGAAGCAAUCCAAGUGUUGGGCGAAACUUCUCCAUAGCAGCCCAAACUUCAUCACUGUAGAUGGAAAGUUUUAAAAAAGAAAACCGCAAUGAGUUAAGUAAAUAUUUGACGUUGUAUACUGUAAGGUGUUUUUUAUUGAUGCAAUAAGUUGCAUUGUGUUUGAACAUUAUAUCAGACUUUUACUUUAAUUCUCAGAGCACACCAUGAAAAGUUCACUUUAAAGUAAAAUAUUAAAAUACAGGAUCAUUUAAUAAAUGCUUGAGAUAAUUAUAUGUAAUCGGAAUGAUGCAGUGAGUCCAUCUGCAUCAGUGAGAAAAGAAGUGUACAGUGCUGGCAAACACAAAACACUUCUGCCCCUUUUCGUUACCUUUUUGGAUUUCAUUUAAAAAAUGUUGAACUCUGGAUGUUUCUUGUUGUAUUAUAACUUGUAAAUCUUAGAAAAAUGCCUUUUUUAUGUCAUUUGAGUAUGUGUGCAUUUUUAAUGUGUGUUUGUACUGAAGAGUGGCUAGCUGUUUUGUGUGUAUUUUAUAUAAAUUUUUUUAAUAAAAUAAGAGCCUUUAAGUUGAAUACAAAUUUUUCCAUAGGCUGAUUAAAUUGCAGUAUGUGUGCAUUUUUAUUGGCAUGUAAUUACAGUAGCUUUAAUGGGUGUUUUAAACAAGCAUUAAAAGUAACUUACUGAACGGCAUUGCAAGCAGUUCAGGAAUGUAAAAAAUGUUAUAUGAGUUGGUAUGACAUACAAAACAAUUGAGGCAUUGCAUCAAAGUAAACAAAUGGGCUUUCUGAAGCCAUUUUUUCCAUUACAGAGUCUCAGGACAGGAACCAAUCCCGGCAUGCCUUUAUGCUGCCCUAAAGUUAUAGCCAGCCUAAAAAGUUAAAAAACAGUUGGAAAUAACAAUUACUGCUGAGCCUUCUUCAGGAGCGUUGAUGCUCAAGUUGUUUUUUCUAACUUACCUUCCUCUUGUCUUUUAAAGAUAGAGAAUGCUCUUUUCUUUGUCAUACUCUUUUAUUUAUAUCUUUAAUUUUUCUUGAGCUGUCAUAUACAUCAGGUAUUCAUCUGCUGAAGAAUAGUCAGCAUAGUGGCACAGUUGUCAAUGUUGCUGCCUUAUUGCUUUAGGAACCCUAACAGAAAGGCUGUCUUGUUUGAGUGGGCUACCUCCACGUUUAAAAGUUUGGGCUUACGAGUGAUUCUAAUCUGGCACUUAUGUUUAAUUCUGAAGGGAUAGGCUAUGGCAACACUUGACUCUGUAUAGGAAUAAGUGGGUUCUGAAAAUGGGCAGAGGGGAACUGACAACAAUACUUAAGCAAUAUGUUUGCAUUGUGUUUAUUUUUUGUGUGAGUUCACAGCAUUAAGUAGUUUAAAACAGUUUACUGAAAUGUAUUUAAGAAUUGUUUAAAAUGAACAUAACACAUGCUGCUAAAUAAAAUGCACUUCCUGUAUAUCAUGA